CUGAAUACCGUCUCAGCGUCCUCCAUUGCCCAACCAGGAAAUUACUCACAUACCUCUCACUACCCAUGCCUAAAGGGGAAAAUACAAGUCUGUGGAGGGAGGAGGCAAUGAAUGACCUGUGCUUCACUGAGUAGACCUAUCACUUAGACCCAUCUGGGAUCGCACCUUCCAUUUGAAUUGUCACCUUGGUUUAGAAUGAUCUUAGUCAAAUGUUAGACGGCAAUACUCCUUCCAAGUGCCCUUGACUAGACGACUCUUCUCGGUAUCUUGUCCAGAUAUCUGGCGAUGCAUUGGCUAUCUCUUCUUUCCCUUGUAGGCACUGCCCUGGCAACUUCCUCUUACUUCCCAGACUAUGUACCGGCAUUCAGGAACAUCCAAGUUGGUCCAAGGCCAUUCUACUUGGUAGAUGACAUGGAUGAUAGUCCUCUGAAGAAUCAGCUAUCCUCGUGCAGCGAGAGGCCCAUCCACUACGCCUCUACCUUUUCCAUCUCGCAUCGCGGUGCACCCCUCCAGUUCCCGGAACAUAGUCGAGAAGGCAUGCUGGCAGCUGCACGCCAAGGGGCUGGGAUCAUCGAGUGCGACGUCACGUUCACUCAAGACAAUCGCCUGGUCUGUAGGCACUCGCAAUGCGACCUCCACACGACGACCAACAUCCUCACCAUCCCCAGCCUAGCCGCCAAGUGCACGAAGCCCUUCUCCCCGGCCACCCAUAAAAAGUCAGCAGCGGCAAAAUGUUGCACAUCUGAUAUCACAUUAGCUGAGUUCAAGUCCCUCUGCGCCAAGAUGGACUCCAGCAAUGCUUCUGCAGUCACUCCGGAAGACUAUCAACACGGCGGACAGCUAUGGCGCACUGAACUGUACAACCAGUGCGGGACCCUUGUCGAGCACACCGAGUAUAUCAAGCUCAUCGACAGUCUAGGGCUACAGUUCUCGCCAGAACUCAAAGCCCGAGAAGCAGUCCCGCGUUUUAAUAGAAAACAUGUGCAAGAGGCCCAUGCACAGCAGGUGAUCGACGAUUACAAGAAUCUGAAUAUCAGUCCAUCUCGGGUCUGGCCCCAAUCUUUUUCGGAGGCUGCCAUCCUCUACUGGAUCCAACACGAGCCCGCCUUUGGAAAGCAGGCUGUCUACCUCGAUAGCCGUGUUAACACUCCCAGCGGCUAUGCCGAGGCUGUCGCCAGUUUGCCCCGUCUGCAGCAGCGGGGCGUGCGCAUCAUGGCUCCACCAAUUUUUGCCCUGCUAAAUACGUCCGCGGACGGCGAAAUCGUUUCGUCGGAGUAUGCACGUGCUGCCAAAGACGCCGGCUUGAAUCUGAUCGCCUGGUCGUUGGAACGAUCUGGUCCGAUCAAGCUGGCUGCAGCCGCGGGAGACUAUUACAUCCAGUCGAUCGCCGGUGUCCUCCAUAAGGACGGCGACAUCUACCGUAUACUCGACGCCCUGGUGAACAAGGCCGGUGUCAAAGGAAUAUUUUCGGAUUGGCCGGGAACGGUGACUUAUUAUGCCAAUUGUAUGGGAUUAUGGUAGAUGAAUAAUAGCGACCGUCUAGCCAGUUUAC